GAAAUAAUGGACGAUUCCCAUUUCAACUCAUCAUACUUUUGGUCUCCCGUCCCCACUGUACAAGGACAGAUCGAGAACGCCAUGUUCCUGAACAACAAGGAGCAGCUAGGUCCAGAGAAGACCAAUGCUCCCUCCUUCCCACACUCUUCUGCGUCUUCCACUUCCUCGCCCCACUACCCCACAGCUGUGCUCGCCAUCCCCAGUUCAGUGGAUGCAGGGCGGGUGCGUGUGGUCCCCAAACAGGAAGGAGGUGGGGGUAAUACAGGAGUAGGAGGUGGUGGCAGCACAGCCUUGAGUGCAGUCGGGGGACAUCUACAUCAGUCACACACCUCCCAGAACGUCACCGUUGUGCCUGUUCCCUCCACGGGUAUCAUGACUGCAGGUGAGCGCGGAUUAGUCAUCACCACCCCUCAAGGCACACUGGUCCCCACUGCCUCCACACAGUCAUUUGUCUCCGGACCCCCAACUGCUACCACCAUGAUAGUGUCUGCACUGCACGCGUCAAGUGGAGACAAGAAGGAGGAUCUUGCUGUCCCUCCUGCAGUUGUCAUGCCAACACCAUCAAAGCGAGGCAGGAAGAGCAAACAGAUGAUGGGCAGAGUGACUGGAGUGGGUGGAGUCCUCCCUCCAGGAAGUGAUGCUUUAAUAUUGGCCCACCUCGCAGCUGGUGGACAGCACCAUCCUGCUGACCCAUACGACCUGUCAAAUGAUGAAGAUGAACACACCAACAAAGACGGUCCCAAAUCCUACAGGUGUCGGAUGUGUGCAGUUACAUUCUUCAGCAAAUCAGACAUGCAGAUCCAUGCCAAGUCCCACACUGAGGCCAAGCCCCACAAGUGCCCCCACUGUUCCAAGUCAUUUGCCAACUCCAGCUACCUGUCCCAGCACAUCCGCAUCCACAGCGGGGCCAAGCCCUACACCUGCACCUACUGCCAGAAAACGUUCAGGCAGCUCAGUCACCUACAGCAGCACACACGAAACCACACUGAGGCCAAGCCCCACAAGUGUCCCCACUGCUCCAAGUCGUUUGCCAACUCCAGCUACCUGUCCCAGCACAUCCGCAUCCACACCGGGGCCAAGCCCUACAGCUGCUCCUACUGCCAGAAAACAUUCAGGCAGCUCAGUCACCUACAGCAGCACACACGGAUUCAUACUGGUGACCGACCAUACAAGUGUAACCAUCCUGGCUGUGAGAAAGCUUUCACUCAGUUGUCUAACCUACAGUCUCACCGUCGGCAGCACAACAAAGACAAACUCAAGUGCCACAACUGUAACCGUGGUUACACAGAUGCUGCUAGCCUCGAGGUUCACUUGUCCACACAUACUGUCAAACAUGCUAAGCUGUUCUCCUGUGGCCUCUGUAACCGGUCCUACACCUCGGAGACUUAUCUAAUGAAACACAUGAGGAAGCACAACCCUGACCCAUUAACAGUGGCAGCAACAGUGGCUGCUCAGCAGGCCCAGGGUCUUACACCAGGAGGGGGAGGAGUGAGGGGCCGCGGCCGUGGCCGAGGGAGAGGAGGCGCAGGCAGAGCAGGACCGCUCCAAAGUCCGGCCAACCCUAACAGUGCCAGCCAGAACCCAAACCCCGGACCGCCUGGCAGCUACCAACCGCCACAGCAGCCCACAGAGGCUGUAGUUCCAUGUCCCUUUGACCUGCACCAGUACAAGACAGUGGCAGCCAGCGAGAUCCAGUAUAAACCGGUCACUGUGGCAGACCUGCCAGUGGUCCACAAAGACCUCUGCCUAACGGUGUCCACUUCAGCCAUACAGGUGGAGCACAUGAACUCCUAGGUCGUGUUUCCCAUCAGUUCAAGGAAUACUAAUCAUGUCUGCAAUGAAAAAAAGGUUCUUAUAGACAAGUAAUUUAAAUGCAUUCAGUAAUACUGUCACUUACUGGUAAAAACUGGCCACAAGGGGUGAAAAGUUUUUACUUUGCAUGGAAACAAUCAUGCACAAGAGUAUUUAAAAUUUUUGUAGCUGCAGGGAGUGGCUUUAUAGAGAUGUUUUCCCGUGAUUUUGUAGUUCAAAUGGAUUUUUGCCCAUCAGUCAACAUCAAUGUGAAAGGCUGAUGAGAAUGUGGCACUUUUACAGUCCUUCCAGAUGCUCAUAACAGAGUUUCUACAUCCAGUGGCUGAUUGGAUGCAGUUUUGUGAUUUGAAAGUAAGCACUGUGAAACGUCUCAGCCCAUCACAGCGUGUUGUGUCAGAAUGUGAAACAUAAGAAGGGCUUUGAUCAUGUAAAAAUAGCAUCUUGACAGUUUUAUUUGCAAAAACGAAUAAGAUUCUCAGAUGAGAUCGGUUUAGAUUUUCCCAAGGAUUUGUGUGACCUAAAUUCACAUAGGUCUGUUUAUUAAAACAAGUCUAAUUCUUCCACCCUAUGGCAGUUUUUUACUUGGAUACUGAAUGCACUUUUAAAUUACUUGUUAAAGCACAGAUAUAUUACUGUGUUUCUCAGUUCCUGUGCCCACUGGUGGCAAACAUCUCUCAGUAGACAUGCUGGUGAAAGACUCUGAUAUACUGUUGGUAGUUUAAUCCACAGCCUACAGUCACAUUUCUCCACUCUGAGAAGAUUUCAAAUCCUAACCUGAAAUGGGCUUUGGCUUUUAGACCAUUGUGAAUGAGAUGGAGAAGAAAAUGUGACAUGAACCUCAAAAAGGCAUUCGGUUUUAACUCAACUCCGACUAUAAUUAAAUGGACCAGUUAUGUUUUUGUAAAACAGCCACAAUACACAGAUCUGAGACCAGCAGUACUGCUCCAAGAACCUUGAUAAAAGAGGCUCACUGGUGUCCCUUUUCUUUCUUGUCAUCACAUUCUUCAAAAUAUCACACUAUUAAAGUAAUUGUUUCUGUAAAAUAAAAAAUAAGAUAUUUUCUGGACAGUCAUGUUCCAGAGAGUAAACUCAUUUUCAUAAACAGUCAGGUCACUUUAAUCUGGACAUCCUUCAUCAAUCUGAAUCUGUUUCAUGCCAAAACAAGGUGGGGAGGACAAGGAAUGAAAGACUGCAGAGAUUCUCAGUUGUAGCUGAGAUGGCAGGGCUGGUAUUGAUCAGAAAAUGGAGGGAGGGCUGAGUAAAUACAUUUGAAUGACUUUAAAGAGACACUGUGCCAUAAACAGCAGAGGCUGGAAGAGAAAGACUGGAAUGGAGCCUGAAAAAACACCACAGGGGAAGAGGAACAGCAGGAAGAAAAGGAUGUGGUGUUCAGUGGGAUGUGGCUAAAGCCUGGGGCAGACUCUUAAAGUUGAUUUCCUAAAUCGUGUCCUUAUUUUCACCCACCUCCCUUCAAACAGCAAGUAACUGAGGAACCUCUCUGUAACAGAGGCCAAAGUACAAAAGAGAUGGAACAGUUCAAGAAUGCACUAAAACUGAGGAAUCUGCAGCAGAGCAAAACUGAAACCAGAGGGAGAGAUGUGGUAAUUGGGGUGGGGAUGGGGGGGCAUAAUGAAAGCACUUGAUGAAGCUUGUACUUCACCGCCUAUGUUUGUCAUCAUUGUACUUUUUUUAUAUAUCAUAUGUAUGUAUUUUUCUACCAACAGAAGAACGUGUGAACAAACAUGAAGAGAAAGCAAAGUGUGUGCAUGAAUGUGAAAGAAGCAGAGAGAAAAGGUUUUGUCCCAUUUUUAUUUUAUUUUAUUAUUGGGUUUUUGUUUUUUGUUUUUUUUUUGUACUGUUCAAGGACAGUUAUACGAUCCUCCAAGUAAUGAAAGCCCAUCUCGGCAUCGUCAGGGUGGCUGCUGGGGAAAUAAUGAUUGUGUGAUAAAAAUGGCUGACAGGUACUGUUAUCAAUCUUUUUUUAAGAACUUUUCAUACAUAUUAUUACUACUUUCAAACUGUAUUGCAAAUGUUAUCCACAUUAUUAUCAAUCCGAGGCAUUAUUGUAUUGCAGUAUGCUGUACAUAACAUAGAUAGAACUUUUUCAUCUGUAAAAGGGAAGUAUGUCCUGUGUAAAGCAUAUAUGGAAAUGAAAGGAACUCAAAUUAACAAUAACCAAAUAACUGGCUUUGUCUCAGGUCACCUUUUGUGCUGAUUUACCAUUCCUCGUUCCACUUAAAAGGCACCAUGGUUCCAUUUUGGUAAAUUGAUAGACGAAUCACUGACUGUCAUUAGCACCAGUUAAACAGGUCUGUUGUAGCUCUGUGAUGAAGUGAUCAAAUUCAGUCUGAGAAUCAAACCGUCACCUGUGAGAACUCCUCCAAAAACACUGAACACCCUUUUACAAAUGACCCAGGAGUCUCAAUAAUGAAAUGUGGCUGUGCACUGGUGACCUGGGACACUGCUGCCAUGUUUUCAUGCACAAGCUAUCUCUACCCAUUCAAAUGUUCAGGCAGCCUUUACAACUGGCUGCUUGUCUUCAUGUAUACUCCUUGUAUUUCAUUGUGUCUUUUUAUGAAAAAUAACACACUCAAUAUUCUUGUUAAUAUUAUUGAUGCUCCUGAUAAUAAUCCAGUUAUUAACUGCCCUCUUAUGCUACACUCUUGCAUACUGUAUGCACAGUUACACCUCUUGCUCAUCUGAUCAGACUGUUUCUUCCCUCAAGGAGAAUAAAGUUGGAAAACAGUUUAUGAUGAAA